GCUGCGGCAGUGGCAGCGUUUUUUACUCGCCGUCGCGUUUUUUGGGCUUUCGGGAUUGUUUUUUUGUUUUGAAUUGUUGACACAUCUCCGGCGUGUUUCGAGGCUUUUUGGAUUCCAGAAUAGCGUACGGGUACCAGGAUAAGGCAGAGGAUAAGUGCCGCGUGCUAGUGACGAAAAUAAACCAAAACAAACGCAGCGUGUGACUUUGCGCUUUGUGUUUGCUAGGUGAUGCUGCAACAAAAACAGUAAUAACAAAAACAACAACAACAACAACAGGAAUUCCCGCAAAAAUCUCGCCAAACUUUAAAUUGCUUGCAAGAGAACAACAAUUCAUUUUUUUUUCAUAAUUACUUCAUAACAGAGUGUCGCUCUCUCGCUCGCUCCGGAAAAGCUCAGCUUUGGCUCUCUCUCUCGCUCAGCAAACCGCGAGCUACACAAGUCCGCAAUUUUAAUCAAGAGUUCAGGAUGCAGCCAAAAAUGGUCGGAGGCGGGGCAAAAACAACGGCGCUCUAAUUGUGGCCCGGACCACGUCCAGGACUCGGACACGGACCAGGACCAUGGCGUCAUUUGUAUGCAGCCAGGCGAACUCUGCGACAACUACAGCAACGGAAAUGCCGAGCAGCGGCUAAGCGGAAACUGUAAGCCGCAGCGAUUCAAAAAAAGCAGCCAGAAAGUAACCAGAACGCGGCCAUCCGUGGGUCAGUAAAGCAACCGAGGGACACAGACCCCUAAACGAGAUUUCGAACCCAAAAAGUCAGUCAGGAUGAUGAGCGCCGGAGGAACGUACAUCUCCACCGCCAGCGUGGAGGUUCCACAAGCUCUGCAGGAUGGCGAGAAGUUCAUUCGAUGGGACGAUGACUCGGGCACUGGAACACCGGUCACGAUGCGCGUCGAUGCCAAGGGAUUCUUUCUCUAUUGGGUUGAUCAGAACAACGAGCUGGACAUUCUUGAUAUAGCCACCAUACGCGACGUUCGCACAGGACAGUAUGCCAAGCGGCCAAAGGACAACAAGCUGCGCCAGAUUGUGACGCUGGGCCCGCAGGACACGCUGGAGGAGAAGACGGUGACGGUGUGCCACGGCUCCGAUUUUGUCAACAUGACGUUCGUGAACUUCUGCUGCACCCGGCGGGACAUAGCCCAGCUCUGGUCGGACGGACUCAUCAAGUUGGCCUACAGUUUGGCCCAGCUCAAUGGGUCGGCGAUUAUGUUCCUGCAGAAGGCCCACACCAAACUGUGUCUGCAGGUGGACAAGAGCGGUCGCAUACCAGUGAAAAACAUCAUAAAACUUUUCGCCCAGAACAAGGAGGAUCGCAAACGUGUCGAGAAGGCGCUGGACGUGACCGGUUUGCCGUCGGGCAAGGUCGACAGCAUAUCGGUGACCAAAUUUCAAUUCGAGGACUUUUACAAUUUGUACAAAUAUCUCACGCAGCGCUCGGAGGUUGAGCGGCUCUUUGACAGCAUAGUUGGCAACUCCAAGCGCAAGUGCAUGUCCAUCGCCCAGCUAGUGGAGUUCCUCAACAAGACGCAGCGCGAUCCCCGCCUAAACGAGAUCCUCUACCCGUACGCCAAUCCCGCCCGCGCCAAGGAGCUCAUCCAGCAGUACGAGCCCAACAAAUUCAACGCACAAAAGGGCCAGCUCAGUCUGGAUGGCUUUUUGAGGUACUUAAUGGGCGACGACAACCCCAUCAUGGCGCCCAACAAGCUCGAUCUCUGCGACGACAUGGACCAGCCGAUGUCGCACUACUUCAUCAACUCCUCGCACAACACCUACUUGACGGGUCACCAGCUGACGGGCAAGUCCUCCGUCGAGAUCUACAGGCAGUGUCUCCUGGCGGGAUGCAGAUGCGUUGAGCUUGACUUUUGGAAUGGACGCACCGAGGAGCCGGUCAUUGUCCACGGCUAUACGUUCGUGCCCGAGAUAUUUGCCAAGGACGUGCUGGAGGCCAUCGCAGAGAGUGCAUUUAAAACAUCCGAAUACCCUGUGAUAUUGAGCUUUGAGAAUCACUGCAAUCCCAGGCAACAGGCCAAAAUUGCCAACUAUUGCCGCGAAAUAUUCGGCGAUAUGCUGCUCGACAAGCCGCUGGACUCGCAUCCGCUGGAACCCAACAUGGACUUGCCCCCGCCGGCGAUGCUGCGGCGCAAGAUCAUCAUCAAGAACAAGAAGAAGCACCAUCACCACCACCACCAUCACCACCACAAAAAGCCGGCCCAGGUGGGCACGCCGGCAGCCAGCAACAAACUGACGACGGCCAAUUCAGUUGAUGCUAAGGCAGCGGCGCAACAAGUGGCAUCGGCGGCCGCCCACGAGGAGGGGGGCGUGGCCAGGAGCACCGCCAACGGGGAUGUUGGCACGGGAGCGGGAACAGGAACCGGAAGCGCGGCUGGGACGGGAGGACAUGCACCGCCACUGCAACAAAUCCGCCAGAGCUCCAAGGAUAGCACCGGAUCCUCCGAUUCGGACAGCUCCUCGGACGACGAAUCCCUGCCCAACACCACACCCAGUGUGCCCAGCGGCAACGAACCACCGCCAGAGAAGGCCCAAAAGGAAACGGAGGCCGGGGCGGAGAUCUCGGCUCUGGUCAACUAUGUUCAGCCCAUCCACUUCAGCUCCUUUGAAAAUGCGGAAAAAAAGAAUCGCUGCUACGAGAUGUCCUCGUUCGAUGAAAAACAGGCGACGACACUGUUAAAAGAGCGACCUAUUGAGUUUGUGAACUACAACAAACACCAACUGUCCCGUGUCUAUCCGGCGGGCACUCGCUUCGAUAGCUCCAACUUCAUGCCGCAGUUGUUCUGGAACGCGGGAUGCCAGCUCGUGGCUCUCAACUUCCAAACUCUCGACCUGGCCAUGCAGCUCAACUUGGGCAUCUUCGAGUACAACGCUCGGUCUGGCUAUCUGCUUAAGCCUGAGUUCAUGCGGCGCUCGGAUCGCAGGUUGGAUCCCUUUGCGGAGAGCACCGUGGACGGCAUCAUAGCGGGCACAGUUUCGAUCACGGUUCUAUCCGGUCAGUUCCUCACGGACAAGAGGGCCAACACUUUUGUGGAGGUGGACAUGUACGGACUGCCAGCGGACACGGUGCGGAAGAAGUUCCGCACAAAGACGGUCCGGGACAAUGGAAUGAAUCCGGUCUACGAUGAGGAGCCGUUUGUGUUUAAGAAAGUGGUGCUCCCCGAACUGGCGAGCAUUCGCAUUGCAGCCUAUGAAGAGGGUGGCAAACUCAUCGGUCAUCGCGUUUUGCCCGUAAUCGGUCUUUGUCCCGGCUACCGACAUGUAAAUCUGCGAUCCGAGGUGGGUCAGCCCAUCGCCCUGGCCUCCCUUUUCCUGUGCGUGGUGGUCAAGGACUACGUGCCCGAUGAUCUCUCCAAUUUUGCCGAGGCCCUAGCCAAUCCGAUCAAAUACCAGAGUGAGCUGGAAAAGCGCGAUAUUCAGCUGUCCGUUCUAACGGACGAAGCUGAAGCGGUGGGCGGACCGGAUGAGGAUCUCUCCAAGUCGUUCGUUUUCGUCCAAGUAGGUGGCCAGAAAAAGGAGCUACGCCCAGUUGAAUCGCUAGCCACUUCGCCCAAGCACAGGCCGAGUAUCUCGGCAACGGCAGCGAUGAGUGUGGAGGUCACCAUGGACCGCACAGAUGGCGGAAGGGGAGAGGACAGCGGGUCCUUCGUGGUCCCCUCCAUACAGCAUCAGCACUCCCUGGACCAGUCCGUAAGCACGUCCAUUCGCCAGGUGGAGUCCUCGCAGUUUGAUGUGGAUCUGGUGUUGGCCGAACCCCUGGACAAGAUCCUGGACCACAAGUCCGUCAAGGAGAAGCGUCUCGAGAUGGAAAAGAAGCUCGAGUCGCUGCGCAAGAAGCACGACAAGGAGAAGGUCAAGAUCGCCGGCCAGAAAUCCAGUCCGCUGGAGGGCAAGAAGCCCAAGUUUGCCAUCACCAAUAAGCUGGUGAAGCGGCUGAGCAACAAGAGUCUUAAUUGUCUCUCUCCGCACAGUGAGCCCGGUGCGGAGAUUCCCGCCUGCCCUCUGGAUCUGGGCGAUAGCAGCGAGGAGAGUGCAGCAGCCGAUGCUGGCGAGGAUUUGGCCGGCGGGAGCAGCAGCCUGGAUGGCGGCACCCAAGAGUCGCGUUUGCGCAGUGCCUGUCGCGAGUACACGUCCCAGUAUCGCGAGCUGCAGGAGAAGUACCACGAGGCCAUUUACUCCGCAGCCGAGAAGGUGCUAAAGACCUCCCAAGCUAGUCAGACGAAGCAGCUGAAGGCAUCGCUGGACAAGGUCACCGGCGAGGUGAUGCACCAGCUGCAGGAGGCGCGCCGCAACGAGGUAAAGAAUCUGGCCACCGUGCACCGGGAUCGGGAUGAGCUGAUCAGAAUGAAACGCGAGGUGGCCAGCUCCGUAGUGGAACGUGGGGUUGCUGAGCGGGUGCGGCUGAAGCAGACCUUUGACCGGCGUACGGAUGAGCUGCAGAAGCAGCACGACUCAGUGCGCAAUGCCCUGGCAGAACAUCGCUCCAAGGCUCGUCAAAUUCUCGACAAGGAGGCGGAGUCGCGUAGCUGCGUCUCCAGCAAUGGCUUCCUGGUGCUCUUCCACGGACCCCAUCACCACGGAUGCUCGGGCUCCGGUUCGUCGGGCAUUUCUGGCAAUAAUCUCACCCUGAAUCUGGACGCAGGUGCUGCCGGUGGCCAUUCGGCCAUUUCGCCGGCCAAGUCGCACAACAGCAUCGCCGCCGCAGCGGAGAUGAAGACGUAAAUGGGCCUCGCCCCUACGAUUUUUUCUCCCCGCCCCCCAAUUGUCCCUAGGAUUAAUUGUGGUUCUACAGUUGUUAGUCUUCAGUAUUUACAGCAGAAACAUAGAAAUGAAAAAGUCUUCGUAGAGUUUAAGCAGCGGAGGAGUAGACCCUACCCUCCCACACCUAUUUGACGGGAACUGACCUCGACUAGUUCUAGAUUUAAGCUCCACUGCUAAGGGGAACCCAAGCGAAACGCGUUUUCUAACUGAACAAACUAGAUGUUAAUCUAUCGCAUGUAUGAUGUACUUGUAGUGUAACUGUUGACGUAUCCGUACUUUACAGUACUUUAUCUGUAUACUGUGACUAUUGGUGUAUAUCUAUGGUGUGGAUAGACAUGGAUAUGGAUCCAGCAGUCCAUAGAACCCUCGUCGAACCGUACGGUUUCUUCCUAUUCGAACUUCGCUGAAACUCUGAGUGUCUAAUUAAGCAAGCAAGCGUAACAGAAGCAGAAACUAAGUAUAAUUUAUUUGUCUAUACGAAGGAGGUCGAGUGCUCCAUUUAUCUAAUGCUAAUUGUGGUUGUGUGUAUUUUACAUCAGUUUUAAUCGAUCUAAUUUAUACGAUUAGUUUAAGGCUCUCGCACAAAAAACUGUGGAAUGAAUCUCGUGCGCACACAAGGCGGAUGCUCUAUAAGCGGAUGCCGGAGCACAAGUCCAGGCCAACAAUUAGUCAAUUAUUUUUCGGUUGGUUGCUAUUUAUUUUUGAUUUAGUCACUACUCUUAUGUUUAUUAGUUGUUGCAAAGCUCCAAUAAAAUUCUAUAUCGAAUUGUUUUCCCACUA